CGAUCUAUUGUCUAUUAAUAACAUCUAAAUCAAUUUUAUGAAUUCUACGCCAAUAAAGUACAGAGUCACAGAUUAUUAUCGUCCCUAUCAGUGUUAGCAGAAGAGGCCGGUGAGAUAAACGCUAUUUAUUCACCAUUUGUCCGUAAUAAAGCACAAUUUGUCUCCUUAACCUAUUUGCUGUAUCUGUCAAUAAUGAAUAAUUGACGGACCGCUGGUCAGUAUCUAUAUGUGUUCUGUGCGCAAGUCGGAUUAAGGCUGUUAAAAUCACACUAUAUUCCAUACAAUCGCUUCUCUGGGUGUCUUCCUUUGUCCACCACGUUGGUAUUUUUCAUAGCCCGGGGGUAAUCGCGCAUUGCUCCGCGCGGACAGUGGUCCGGAGUUCCGGCAACGCUGCCCGGGGGAUGCGGGGUUGGGGUUACGGCAGCGCUCCCACACAACCGCUACAGCUCCGCCUUCAGGCGGCGUCACGGGCGCGUCUGCAUCGGGCUGGACAGGCAUCCCAUAACCUGAGCCCAUAACAUCAGACAGACAGCGCCGGAGAGACCCUACGCACCAGACCCGCGUAAAAAGCCCAUCGGAGAGCGGAGCAGCAGCUAAGCACCGGGAAGCAUGUCGGUGGCGGGACUGAAGAAACAGUUUCACAAAGCCACUCAGAAAGUGAGCGAGAAGGUCGGUGGCGCCGAGGGCACAAAGCUUGAUGAUGACUUCAAGGAAAUGGAGAAGAAAGUGGACAUCACUAGCAGAGCGGUGCUGGAAAUAAUGACCAAGACCACGGAGUACCUGCAGCCUAACCCCGCAUCCAGGGCCAAGCUGAGCAUGAUCAACACCAUGUCCAAGAUCCGCGGCCAGGAGAAAGGGCCGGGCUACCCGCAGGCCGAGACCGUACUGGGAGAGGCCAUGCAGAAGUACGGCAGAGAACUCGGGGAGGAAUCCAGCUUCGGCUUCGCUCUGAUCGAUGUUGGGGAGGCAAUGCGGGAAUUGGGAGAGGUGAAGGAUUCCCUUGACAUGGAAGUGAAGCAGAACUUCAUUGACCCACUGCAGAACCUGCACGACAAGGACCUGAAGGAGAUCCAGCACCAUCUAAAGAAGAUGGAGGGCAGACGCCUAGACUUUGACUACAAGAAGAAGAGGCAGGGCAAGGUGCAGGAUGAGGAGAUCAAGCAGGCGCUGGAGAAAUUCGACGAGUCCAAAGAAGUUGCAGAGCAGAGCAUGUUCAACCUUCUGGAAAGCGACAUUGAGCAGGUGAGCCAGCUGGCCGCCCUGGUCCAGGCCCAGGUGGAGUACCACCGGCAGGCAACGGACAUCAUGCAGCAGCUGUCCAGCAAGCUGGACGAGAGAAUAAAAGAGGCCUCCAGCAAGCCCAGGAAAGAGUACGUCCCUAAACCACGCAUGGUCAUGGAGCUCACCCCCAGCGAGAACCACAACGGAGGCAUUUCUCACAGCGGCUCCGCCAAGUCUCCAGCCCCCAUGGAUCAGCCCUGCUGCCGUGCGCUGUAUGACUUCGAACCCGAGAACGAGGGCGAGCUGGGCUUCAAGGAGGGCGACGUCAUCACCCUGACGAACCAGAUCGACGACAACUGGUAUGAGGGCAUGCUGCACGGCCAGUCCGGCUUUUUCCCCAUCAACUACGUCGACAUCCUAGUGCCCCUGCCCCACUAAAGCGGCUCCCCCUAGUGGUGGCGCUCAUCGCCGACACGACCUCCCGCAUCUGUGCUACUGCUUCUGACGAUAACAGAGAAGAAGACGAUGACAACGGCUGCAAUCAUAAUGGUCCAACGUCUCCGCCGAGGGUGGUAGAGCUGCUGGUGCCUUCCUUCCCCAACAUUACCAUGAGAUCAGUGUACCGUUCGGCUUUAAGCGAGCAGAGUGGCGGCGGGGUGAGCUGCUCGUCUGGCCCCUUUUGAUUUCACAGUUUUCAGUCUGACAGCUUUGUGCCGUGAAGAGGGAGGUGAAACAAAGUUUCUCUCCUAAAUCUUAACCUGUGACUUGAAGUGAUUUUUUUAAGCAAUAUGCUUCUUCAAGAGUAUGUUUUAAAGGCUUCCUUUUUCGGUAGUUUGAACAAUAUUAGCUCUCUUGUUAGUCUAAAACAUGGGAACAGGAAACGCAUCAUGUAGCAUGGUCCUCUUGCAUGCUGGGAUACGACACACUUCUCCUUCCCUCCAGCUGUCAUCGGCCUUGGCAGCCCUGCCGUUUCUUCUUAGUUUCACCACAGUAGGUAUAAAUUGUAAAAAGGGGUGUUUCUUUGGCUCAUUCUGUGUACACAGGAUCAUUUAAUACUCAUGUUAUGCCCUUUCAGGGAAAGUCACAUGCUAAAAUGGACAAUAAUAUUGAGAGAAAAUAUAUUUGUACUGUAUGUUAAAGUGUGUAUGUGCUCUUUGUAUGCAAUUAAUGCGAGAAUAUUUUUAAAAUAUAUCAAAUCAAUAUAUUUGUAGUACAAAACAAUAUUAUUUACAAUAAAGGGUUCUGAUACGCCUUUAUUUUUAAUUCAGUGUUUUGAGAAUUAUGAAUCGGUAUUACAUUUCAUGUACAUCCCGGGGGCCAAAAUUAUCCAAAUGGAGUGAGAGUAAGGACAGCAAUCCCAGCAUGCAAGAACAACAUGGAAAAGACUUAACAGGAAGAGCCUACUGGCACUUCGCAAGUGGAAGCGCAGAACGUCUGAUCUGCUCAUACCUGCCUUAUUAGUAACAUAAUAAGCGAAUAAAUGUUGAAGCGGCAGUCCAGCAAAACUAUUAAAUGGCCACAAACUUCAAAGUAAAAGCCUCAGUGAAUUCUGUAAUUGUGUAUGAAAUAAUGAGCUAAGUACUUGUGAAAAUUAUAUGUAUCGUGAUGUAAGCGAGUGCACAGAGGUACCUGUCUUGCAUUCUCUGCUGUUGAGGACACUGUAGUCUUGUUCCGGUAGGCAGUACCCUGACCUUGCUGUGUCGAAUCCUAGAUCUUAAUAGUACAGCCGUCUAAAUUGUAGAACUUAAGUAAAUUUAUAUGACUGUGUUUAUCAUAGGUUACAGGUUUAAUCCCAGCUGGAUGACUGCACCCAUCCCCCUGAGUAAACGUGCCUCAGUAAUUACAUCAUCACGACCCCUCCCUUUCUGGAAAAAUCCAUUCUUCCAGUCGAGAGACGAGGCUCCCUUUUCCAUUCUAUUUUCCAAAUGUGGUGCAUCAGUUGUACUUUAUCGUUUGAAGCCCAUUAUUUCCCCCACACUGGGCUUUGGGGGUUGGUGUAAUUUUCUCAGUUUUACACUCCAGCUUGGAGAAAGCCACAGAGCUUGAAGAUGAAAGUGCUUAUGAUUGUGCUGGCAUCUGUCUCAGGCCACGAGCUGAGGUCAUUUCUAACCGAUAGCGACACCACUGGCUUCCUGAUUACAGUACCUGUGCAGCUGAGGUUUUAGCCUGUCAUGGAAACAUUUCCCAAACAAGAUUGUGAUGUUAAGGAGUCCAUCAGCCUGUACACACUGGUCCAGUGGAUCGAUUGCCAUCAUUUAACUGAAACUGUGAGGGGAGUUGGACUUUUAACUCAGUGAUGCUGCACACUUAAUGUUUAAAAAUGAACAUGCACAUUAGCUUGCAAAUCAUUUUGAUCUGCUGGAUGUUGUGCGGGGGCGGCAUGGUGGUUCAGUGGGGGGGGGGUCACCUACUACCUGCUGCCCUGGCAGUUUGAAUGCUGCCCCCGCUCUGUUUGUGUGGAAUUUUUGUGUCCUCCCAUGUUGUGUCAUGUAAGACAUGCAGCUGGAUGAGCGGUUUGGAAACCUGCCUCUUGUGGCCAAUCAUGGGAGUUGCAUUUCCUAGUAAUGGACAAAAUGACGGUUCAUGAACCAUUUGCUGUAUUUUCUGACCCCACUAGAUGGCGCUCUUGGUUUACUUGGGGCAUGCUUUGAGCCCUUUUUUGAACAAAGAGCACCAUUUAGUGGCGUCACAAUGGUUCAUUUUGUCCAUCACUAGUAUUUCCCAUUCAUCUGUCCUUACAUCGCUACCUUUGUUAGUGCGCUAUGCAGCUAACAGGGCACUAAACAAAGAGUACCCAUGCAAUAACAACAAGGCUGUGGGGAGCCGGAUUUCUGCUCUGUCCUUCACAUGUGCCGUGUUUUCAGUAGCUGCUUCUCGGUGAUGCUGCUCUAUCAUCUGAAAAGUCAUGUGACUAGGAGUGGUGGGAGGGGCAGCCUUCCUGCAGAGGAGGGGCAGGGCACGGCCUUCGCUCCAGGCAUGGCAUGAAUUGGCUGCUCUUUCGAUUUACCAGCAGCGUUUCUGUCACUUUUCUGCAGCUUCCUUUCGUUCAUUUGUUUCAGGAAGAGUCUUGUGCAGAUUUUCACCCAUACUGAGGACUGUACAGCUUUCGUGCUUGUGUGCGACCUGUGUGUGGAGUUGUGUAUCAAGUUUGGCCUUUUUUGUACAUUUAUCACUCACAGCACACUGGGUGCAUGCUCAUGUGUGCUGUACACAGUUGUUGUCCUUCAAUCCUACUUUUCCUAUUUAUGAUUUUGUUUCCUGUGCUGGCUUUAAAGAUAAUGUAAUGCUUGCUGUGAGAGGAUCUCUGUCAUUUAUUGGAAUAAAUACGAAGACAAGA